AAAUAUUUUGUCACCAAAAUCUAAUGCAUGUGGCAAGAAAUUUGAGCUGAAGAUUGAUGAAGUGUUAUUUGUGGGCCAUCCGACACUGGCUUAUGAAAGACAAGACAGAGAAUUCAAGAGAAGUGAUACCUCAUCUAGGAAGGAUGAUGUCAUGAUGAAACUGUUCAAUGUUGUCUUUGUACUCCAG